CAUCUCUAUAGGUACAUCCAUUACGUCACAACUGGACCAAGAACUACCAAUAUUUCAAAGGAAUCGAGCUGUAUUUAGGUAUUUAUAGGCCUCCAAUGUCGGAAACACGCCGGGUUCAUUUUUUAAUUCAGGAUUGUUAGACUGCAGCUCUCCGGAAGAUGGCGGUAGUGCAACAAGAUGACACGGUCGUCGAUCAACCCAAUCAAGGAAGAAGACAGUAAUAGCAGAAGACGCGUUCUGUUGUAGCCAUAGACUGUAUGGUCUAUGGUUGUAGCUAAACACAAACAAGUGGCAAACCAACUGCGACACAAAAUGUCGAUUGUCUUUGUGCCAAAGAAACUCCGAGGAAAGGCGAAAAUUAACCAGGAAACAAUACAGUGGCUGCUAGAUGAAAACGACCAGUUAAUAAGAUGCAUCACUGAGUACAUGCAGAAAGGACGAGCAGUGGAAUGUGUACAAUACCAACAGAUCCUGCACCGCAACAUCGUAUAUUUGGCAACCAUAGCUGAUGCCAGCCCAGACAUCACGCUUCCCUCCUCAAAUACUACAUCUAAUGAAACCUCAACACCAACUGGGAAUGGGCAUGGAGGGACAUGAUCAUGGCAGCUUCGGUCAGUGGAGUUGGGAUGGGGUGUCCAAUAUUUGACAAUAUGGUUGGGAAAUAUUUUACAUCACAAGAAAACAUUUAUUAAAACUAACAGUUUUCAGUAAUACUACCCAUACCAGGACCACUGGUACUUCAGUUCUGUAAGGCUGUAUUGAAUGUUUAUGUGAAAAUUCUGUGAAUUCAAAAUGUCAUUUUAGUAUGAAUUGUA